AUGACUACUGAAUUGAAUCGGCAAUUGCCGGUGCCGGAAAUUUCCAAUAAAAGAGCAAGAAAACUUUCAAAAAGACGUGCUAAAAAGCCCGUUGAAGAAGGAAGUGCUGGUCAUGUAUUACAAUUAGACAUCGAGGGUCUCCUAGAGCAUCCCCCUUUGUCUAAUAUCCCUUUUGAAAGAUUCCAAGAAAUUGAAGUAGAUAUUGUGUACUUAAGUUCGUCUGGAGAUGGGAUUGGCUUAGUUUUGGAAGGCCGUUACGCUGUAGUUGUACCUUUUUCACUACCCGGUGAUAGAGUGAAAGCUAAAUUGCACUUUUUGGCAGAGACAUAUGCUCUGGCUGAUUUUCUUGAGGUGUUAACACCUUCCAAAGAUAGAGAUGACAACCUAAUAGGAUGUAAAUAUUUUGGAAAAUGUGGUGGAUGUCAAUAUCAGAUGCUUCCCUAUGAGAAACAGCUCCAGCAAAAGAAAAAGGUAAUCGAGAAAGCCUUUCGAUAUUUUUCAAAAUUGGACCCCUCAAAACUUCCACAGGUUGAAAGUACAGUUGGAAGCCCUUUGCAAUAUAACUACAGAACUAAAAUUACUCCUCAUUUUGACGUUCCUAAAGGUGGUACAAAUGGCCCGUUGACAAUAGGUUUUCAAGAGAAAGGUAGAAGACGAGUUUUGGAUAUUGAAGAGUGCCCAAUAGCGACGAAGAAAAUAAAUGAAUCUUACCCAAAGAUCAUCGGCGAAGUUCAGGAUCGUGCGUCUACUUACAAGCGAGGUGCCACAAUUCUCAUGCGUGAUUCGAUGAAUGACGAUGGGGAACAUUCAGUCAUCACUGACCAUAAAGCUAUUGUUACUGAAUCCUUUGGAGAUUUCAAGUUUGUAUUUCCAGCAGGUGCAUUCUUCCAAAACAAUAACUCAAUUUUACCCGACUUUACUGGUUAUGUUAGAAAACAAUUGCUUAAUCCUUUUGGCCAUGAAAACUAUCAAAAGCCAAAGUAUUUUGUUGAUGCUUAUUGUGGAUCGGGUUUAUUCAGCGUCGCUUGCUCGGAAGGAUUUGAUUCUGUAAUCGGCGUUGAAAUCUCUGCGGAUAGUGUACAUUAUGCGAAGGAGAAUGCUCAAAGAAACAAUGUUUCCAAUACGAACUUUAUUGUUGGAGAAGCAGAAAAGAUAUUUUCAAGUAUUGAGACGCCCUCAGCGGAGACUGCAAUGGUAGUUGAUCCUCCUAGAAAAGGUUGUGACCAAGUUUUUUUGAACCAAUUGCUAGAGUAUGGACCAUCCCGUGUUGUAUACAUUUCCUGUAACGUUCAUACUCAAGCUCGAGAUGUUGGAUACAUUCUACAUCAUGAACUUGGUAAAAACUUUAAGAUCGAUGAAAUUCGAGGCUUUGAUUUAUUCCCGCAGUCGCAUCAUGUCGAAAGUAUAUUGACUUUGACAAAACUCAAUUAA